CUGGGUGCUGCACCUUCCCCCUCGCCCCCCCACCUCUAGGCUUCCAGAAAGCUCCUGGUGCAUUCCCCAGCAUUCUCUGGGCCUGAGUCACGCAGGUUUGCAGCCAGCCCCAAAGGGGGGGUGUACUUGAGCAGAGCGCUAUAAAUAGGGCGCUUCCCCGGUGCUCACCACCCGCGUCACCAGGAGGAGCGCACUGGAGCCAAGCCGCAGACCGGACUCCAGACUCUGAGGAAGCACGCCAUGAAGACUCUCCUGCUGUGCGUGGGACUGCUGCUGACCUGGGACAAUGGCAUGGUCCUGGGAGAGCAGGAGGUCUCUGACAAUGAGCUCCAAGAACUGUCCACUCAAGGGAGUAGGUAUAUUAAUAAGGAGAUUCAGAACGCCGUCCAGGGAGUGAAACACAUAAAGACCCUCAUAGAAAAAACCAACGCAGAGCACAAGUCACUACUCAACAGUAUAGAGGAAGCCAAGAAGAAGAAAAAGGAUGCCCUAGAUGAGACCAGGGAUUCUGAAAUGAAGCUGAAGGCAUUCCCAGAAGUGUGUAACGAGACCAUGAUGGCCCUCUGGGAAGAGUGCAAGCCCUGCCUGAAGCAGACCUGCAUGAAGUUCUAUGCACGUGUCUGCAGGAGUGGCUCGGGGCUGGUUGGCCGCCAGCUCGAGGAGUUUCUGAACCAGAGCUCACCCUUCUACUUCUGGAUGAACGGCGACCGCAUCGACUCCCUCCUGGAGAGUGACCGGCAGCAGAGCCAGGCCCUAGACGCCAUGCAGGACAGCUUCGCCCGGGCGUCUGGCAUCAUAGAUACGCUUUUCCAGGACCGCUUCUUCAGCCACGAGCCCCAGGACACCCACCAUUUCUCCCCCAUCGGCUUCCCACACAAGAGGCCUCAUUUCUUAUAUCCCAAGUCCCGCCUGGUCCGGAGCCUCGUGCCUUUCUCCCACUAUGGGCCUCUGGGCUUCCACAACAUGUUCCAGCCUUUCCUUGACAUGAUACAGCAGGCUCAACAGGCCAUGGAUGUCCAGCUCCAUAGCCCAGCCUUCCAGUUCCCGCAUGUGGAUUUCUUAAGAGAAGGUGAAGAUGACCGCACAGUGUGCAAGGAGAUCCGCCACAACUCUACGGGCUGCCUGAAGAUGAAGGGCCAGUGUGAGAAGUGCCAAGAGAUCUUGUCUGUGGACUGUUCAACCAACAAUCCUGCCCAGGCUAACCUGCGCCAGGAGCUGAACGACUCCCUCCAGGUGGCUGAGAUGCUGAUCCAGCGGUACGAUGAGCUGCUUCAUUCCCUCCAGUCCAAGAUGCUCAACACCUCAUCCCUGCUGGAGCAGCUGAAUGACCAGUUCAACUGGGUGUCCCAGCUGGCUAACCUCACACAGGGCGAAGACCAGUACUACCUUCGGGUCUCCACAGUGACAACCCAUUCUUCUGACUCAGAGGUCCCUUCUCGUGUCACUGAGGUAGUGGUGAAGCUGUUUGACUCUGACCCCAUCACCGUGGUGUUACCAGAAGAAGUCUCUAAGGACAACCCUAAGUUUAUGGACACAGUGGCAGAGAAAGCACUACAGGAGUACCGCAGGAAAAGCCGCGCGGAAUGAGGCAGAAGCAUCGGCUUUCCUAUAUGUGGGAGUCUCAAGGAGGAAUCUCCCAGCUCCCCGAGGCUGCUGCAGACCCCUAGAGAACUCCACAUGUAUCCAGGCGAGUAGGCCUCCACCCCAGCAGCCUCUCCUUCCUCUGGACUCUGUACUCUAAUGCCUACACUUGCUGCUCUCGGGAAGAACUGCUUCCCCCACGCAACUAAUCCAAUAAAGCCACCCCGCGAUAUGUGUCC